AUGAAGAGAAAGUCUUUUGCUGGCCACAAGAACAAGAACGAUCUUCCCUUGGCUCUGAGUGUGCAUUAUCUGCGGACAACAUUUUUGCAAGAAGUGCUGUCGACUCCUGGACUCUCCAAGAAAUCGACGAUCUACGACAUUGAGAAUCUGGAUGAAGCCACACCGGGUGUCAUUCGCAGCAAGGGAUUGGACAUUGAUUGUCCUCACGAUGGGAGACCCGGAGCCGCUUAUGUGGAUUGCGUCCACGGGCGCGACAAUGUGGGUCCCGCCCGUUACAUGCUCAGCUAUUCGUGGGCAUAUAGAUUAACGGAUAUCCUCGAUACUUUAUCGGAGUAUUGUUUCCAGAAUCGACGCAAUCCAAGACGCACGUACGUGUGGAUCUGCUGUCUCUGUAACAAUCAACAUCGCGUCUACGAAAAUCGUCAAGCCGGGGAAGUCGUGCCCUUUGAAGAAUUUAGAGAUGUCUUCUUUGGAAGAGUCACCAAAAUUGGACACAUACUCGCAAUGAUGCAGCCAUGGCACAGUCCAACCUAUCUUCAAAGGGUCUGGUGCAUCUUUGAGCUCACAACAGCCGAGAGUCAUGGAUGUCAAUUGAGCAUUGUCAUGCCACCCAAGGAAAAGGACUCUCUCGACAAUCAUCUCUUUGGCACCAAGGGAAAGUCUCUCGAUGCCUUUUUCCGAGUCCUCGCCAGAACCAGUGUGGAAGAUGCUCAAGCAUCGGUGGAAAAUGAUCGCACGGCCAUUUUAAAAGUCGUCAUGGAAGGAAUGGGAUGUGCCGCCUUGAAUCAACGUGUCAAUGAGUUGUUACGGUUGUGGUUGGACGGCGUCGUGCACGAUAUCAUUGCCUAUCGACAAGAUCUACAAGACUAUUUUGGUGACAACUGUGGCAGCAUGGCACACGCCAGAUUCUGUAGUCGUGUCUGUGUCUUGUUCCACAAGAAUGGUCGGAACCCACAGGAGGCAUUGGAAUGGGGCAACAAGGCCAUUGAAAUUCAUAGUGCCAAAAACAAUCCGCAAGUGCAUGAAAUUGCAGCAUGUUAUAGUCACGUGGGCAAUGUCCAAACUUCCAUGGGUGAACUCGACCAGGCGUUGGCAUCCUAUGAACAGGGAUUUGAUGUCUUGGCCGUGUACUUGCGGAACAAACAUCCAGCGAUCGCCAGUGAAUAUGCGUUCAUCACAGGCAAUGUACUACGACGGCGACAACAACAACAAAAAACACACGGGAGAAUGGAUUACAAACGAGAUUAUGACUACGUUCUGGGACUGCACAAGAGACGUCUGGCCAAACCAAACACGCGAAAACAAAAUGUAUUAGCAGAGCAGGACAACAAGAACAAUAAAAAGGUGGAACCCAUCAUUUGGCGUACCAUGGCCACAAUACACAACAACAUUGCCCACAUUUGCAUGGAGCUAGACGACGAGGACGGUGCCUUGGCACGAGCGUACAUGGCAUUGGCGCUCAUCGAAUACGUCGUGGGUGAUACGGACCAUGUCGAAGCGGCACGAUCUCAUGAGAUUCGCGGCAGCAUCUUGGAACAACACGAGGACCAUGCCGGUGCUCUGGAUUUGUAUCGCAGGGCACUGGGCAUGCGCAAAAAUGUACAGGGAAAGCAUCCCGAAACGGCACAGUCUCUCUACCGGGUGGCGUGCAUGUGGCAUUCCAAUAGCGAACAUGAUCGGGCACUGGAGAAACAUCGAGAAGCGCUCGUCAUUCGAAAAGCCGUGUUGGGUGCCACGCACUUGGACACCGCUGCCUCUCAUGAGGCCAUUGGCGACGUUCUUCACUUUAUGGGGGACCACACAGAAUCUUUGGUGGAGUAUAGGAUCGCGCUGGCCAUCAAGGCAUCCUUGUUGGGCGAUGGGCCCGACACGGCACGUUUGCGCAUCUGUAUGGGCGACACUUGCAAGGAUGCGCAGGAUUUCGAUGGAGCCUUGGAACAUGCCGCCGACAGAAUAUCCUCCAUGGUGGAGACCAUGCUUGCCAUCGUUGCCGACGCACGAACCAAUCAUGAUCACGAUCGUGCCAUGGAACUUUGUGAACGAGCCUUUGCCAUUCAGAAGUAUCAUUCACCAGAGGAUUCCGCAGGUAUUUGUGGCCUCAUUGGUGACAUUUUGGUGGAUCAGGGAUACUAUCCUUUGGCAAUUGACAGGUACAAGGCUUGCCUAUCCGCUCCCUUGGCCGACACGGGCAAGCCGAGUCUGGACACGGCAACGUUCUACGACAAACUAGCCAAUGCCCUCCUCUUGGAUGGCGACUGUAACGCGGCCCUCGGCGAGUACGAGAAUGCCUUGGAUGUUCGGGAAGACUUGCUGGGAAACACGCAUCUCGCCAUUGCCGAGACGUAUGAACGAAUGGGCAUUGCGGCCUUGAAGGACGACAAUCUCAAGUUUGCUCAGUACGCCUACGGAGAAGCCGUUGCCGUUACAAGGUUGUUGCCUGAUAUGCCGGAUUUGCAAAAAGCUUCUGCGUGUGAUCGAUUUGGUGCUGCAUUUUUGGAAGGAGGGUACACGGAUAUUGCCUUGGUGUAUUAUCGAGAAGCUUUGCGAUUCAAGACUGCAGCUUUGGGCCAGCAUGACUUGUUCGUUGCCGAUGCCCAUGAAAAGAUUGGGGAUCUACUGUACGAAAAGGGCGAAUUUCACGCCGGCAAGGAAGCGUUUCAAUCCAUGUUGACAAUCCGCAAAGAGCUCCUGGGAGAGGAUUCUGUCACGAUGGCAGAAUCGUACAGUCGUGUUGGCAACGCCUUGUUGGACACGGCUGACUACUCUGGUGCUGCGGAGGCGUACCGUAAUGCCCUGGCAAUCUACGAAAAAGUGCAAGGCCCAGGUUCUGAUUCCGCCAAUAUUGUGUUUCAAAACCUGAAAAAGGCAAUGAAGAAGGAAGCCCAGGGUCUCCUCGUCAUCAAAGGCAAGAGUUUGGCCAAGUUGAGGAUCGGGAGCAAGGGCAAACGCAAAUCCAGGCGGGCGAGCGGUAAAUCCAUUCAGACUAUAUGA